UAUAAUCGAGACAAUCACCCACCGUGUAAUUCUUAACCCUAUACGUGUAAGCUUAGCAGAUUCGAAUGUGACCUGAUACUGUAAACUGUAUAUAUUUAAUUAACACCACCAUCGAUGACGAGUGGAAAACCUAUCCAUCAAGAAUUACACACAUUACCUGUAUGUGUCCCGGGCGGUCGCAAAUAUGAAUGACGCUUAUUCAUCCGAUCUGUAAAACUGGUGUUUUAUGCAGGUUUGAGUGCGACUAUCGAAGCAAACUGCGCUUUUUGAGUUUAGCCGGUAGAGCAUACGUCUUCUGGGUUUGCGUGGCCUCCGUCAUGAAUUUCACUGAAGCCCGUACCUUUCUGAAGAGAUGUCGCGAAGAGAAUGACCGUCAAUCAGAGAAAAUCGUCGAACUCUUUAAAGACUCGAUUUUGCCUUCUAUUAGUAAACUGGGCGAUGAACGAUGGAUUGUCUAUGAACAGGUAGCGAUCUCCUCGUUCGACGUACGUGAUUGGGACCUGUCAAAGCAAUGUCUACAACAGCUCAGCCAACAAUAUCCGGGAAGUCAUCGUGUGCGGCGCUUGAAGGCGAUGCAACAAGAGGCUCUCGGCCGGUUCGAGGACGCUGCAAAGAUCUAUGAUGCAUUGUUAGCUGAAGAUGAAACAAACGCGUCUGUUCACAAGCGGAGGAUCGCAAUGCUCAAAGCGCAGGCCUUAAUACCCGAGGCUAUCGAGAAACUUUGCGACUAUCUCAAAAAAUUUCAGAGCGAUCAAGAAGCUUGGCUGGAACUGUCCAAUUUAUAUAUCAUAGAAAAUGACUUCGCGAAAGCCGCUUUCUGUAUGGAGGAACUUAUCAUGGCUCAGCCUCAUAAUCACCUUUACCAUCAGCGAUAUGCUGAGCUGCAAUUUCUUAUCGGAACGACUGAGAGCAUCGAACUUGCCCGGUCAUACUUCGCACAGGCACUCAAACUAAACCCUCGCAAUCGAUCGGCGUUGUUCGGGUUUUAUACGACCGCGCAGUGGUUGAGCGUUUCACCAAAAUUCUCCUUGCAGAAGAAAAAGGAUAAUCAGAAGUACCUUAAGUGGGCCGCUGAACAAAUUCGAGCUUUGUAUAAGAAAAAUGUUGGAAAACUACAAUUCAAGGACAAAGAAACGGAGCCAGCUGUAGAAGAUCUCAUGGCGCAAUUGAGCAUAGAAGCUCCGAAGCAUAACGAAAAGGGCGACAAGUCGUCAUAAACUAUAAACAUUAUUUUAAUAUAUAUGGUUAUACGACUGCGAUUGCAUGUGUAUUAUCACUAUAGUUGUAUUAAUGUAACGUAAAAUAAUUAAAAAA